UUUAUGACAUCAUUUGCUCACUUUAUGACUCUGGAUGCUGGACCAGAGACGGUGAUAAGUAGAUCCUGGACAAUCUUUAGCUGCACCAAAUAUUGCAGUCUCCACUAUGUCCUGAAAGAUCAAAUCAGGAAUUUACCAAUAUGGUAAAGCGGGGAAUGCUCUCCAGGAAAGCUACCCCUACCCAUAGCACCACCUCCAGGGUAUUCUCCCUCUUCCGAGCACAGAACAGGUUAAGGCAUCUGACAGCCCAUCCACCACCACACCUCAAGAUGCCAGUGUCUCAGCAGCUAGAGUUGUUCAACACGCCAAAGCGACCCUCAAAAGGGCAUUUGAAGGCGAGACUGGAUAUCGCAGCCAUGCUGCUGCGAAUGGCCAAGUAUGUCCCCCUCCUCGUCCCAGAAGCUGGGUGUGUUAUAAACCUGGACCAACAACUUCGCCUGGUCAAGGAAUUGAGAGCAAGUCGGAGAAGGCAAGCUCAGAAGAAGCGCCACAGCAGCUCCACCGGGGAAGAUGUCUCUGGGAGAAAGCAAGCUCUGGAGUCUGAUCCUCAGGUCACAUCAGCGAGUGGCGCAGAUGACACAAUGUUCUCACACCACCUUGAGGACUCUUCCGCCGUUUUUGAGCUCAGGGACCCAUCAUCACCACCUAUGGCCACCCCAUCCACAGAGCAGAGCUCCUCCAUCAAAUCAACAGCCCCAGGCCAGAGUGCAGCACCUCUUCUCAUCCAUGGCCACAGUGUGGAGGAGUACAGGGCCAUCUUCCGGUCUGUGAUGAGCGCCAGACGCUGCAAGAGAAGGAAGAGAACGGCCCGCCGCCGCCCUAACCCCAUCGGACGGGGCCGCACUAUCAAGCGGCGCCUGUGGGAGGCGCUGUCCCGCCCCUGCUUGGAGGAAAGCGUGGACACUGACGGCCUGGUCACCAUCACAGAGACCUGCAAGUCUUCCAAACGUAGAACAGGACAUCAGUACAUACUCCGGGGAAAAGGAAAACUCACCUAAUUGCCGGCUGGUUCUUUUUAUUAUAUUGAUCGUGUUUAUUCAUAUUAUUUUAGCAAAUUAUUUUCAAUUUUCAUUCAUUACAAAUGACUAUAGUUGUGAGUUACAAAUAAAUAUUUCAAACACUAA